GGGCGCGUCUCCGGACGGCUCCGCGUGCGGUUCCGCGUGCAGCUGCCCGAGCAGCGCGGGAAGCGGCCCAGCGCUCCGUGGUCGCCUCCGCCGCCGAGGUGGUGUGUCUCUCCGCGCGGGCGCCCCGAGCGCGGCGCCAUGGAGGUGGUGGAGGCCGCCGCCGCUCAGCUGCAAACCCUGAAAUUCGGUGGCGCCGGCGUCGGGGUUGACCAAGGUCUGGCCGUGCCGGCUCCGGACCCCGCUCCGGUCGCAGCGCCGCGGGCGGACGAGGGGGCCCCGGACCUUGCGGGGGAGCAGCCGCCUCAGCUCGCCCCGCCGUUGCUCCCGGAGCCACCUCCCGGAGGGAUCAGCCUGGAGACGUCGGACUCGGACUCGGACUCCGACUCGGACAGUGAAACAGAUUCCGAUAGUUCAAGCUCCUCUUCUUCCUCAUCCUCCUCCUCAUCGUCUUCGUCUCCUAUAUCCCUCCCUGCAGUGCUGUCGGAUGGAGACGAUGAUUUACAAGUUGAGAAGGAAAAUAAGAAUUUUCCUCUUAAAACAAAAGAUGAGUUACUUCUUAGUGAACUACCUUCUGUUGAAGAACUCACUAUUGUUCUGCCUGAAGGUAUUGAAUUAAAGCCUCUUGGGAUGGUUUCAAGUAUUAUUGAACAAUUAGUAAUAAUUGAAUCUAUGAAUAACGUACCUCCAGUUAAUGAGGAGACUGUAGUUUUUAAAAGUGAUCGACAGGCAGCAGGAAAGAUAUUUGAGAUAUUUGGACCUGUGGCGCACCCAUUUUAUGUGUUACGGUUUAAUUCUUCAGAGCACAUUGAGAAUAAAGGUAUUAAAAUAAAGGACACUAUGUAUUUUGCUCCAUCAAUGAAAGACUUCACCCAAUAUAUAUUCACAGAAAGACUUAAACAGGAUAGGGGAUCAGAUGCAUCAUGGAAGAAUGAUCAAGAACCACCACCAGAGGCCUUAGAUUUCAGUGAUGAUGAAAAGGAAAAAGAAGCCAAACAGAGAAAAAAAUCUCAGAUUCAAGGCCGCAAAAAAUUCAGAUCUGAAUUUAAUGAACCAGGUGAAGGUUUUUCAGAAGUACAUCAGAAUUGGAAUGUUCAUAACUCUGCUUCAGAGCCUUCAAAAGGAUAUCACAGCAGAGAAUUCACACGAGGGUUUUCCCGGGGCAGAUAUCCUCGGUCUUGUCCUGGCAGGCCCCCACCUCCACAGUUUUAUAACUCAGAGCACAUGGUACCUCAGGAGACUUCAGGAUUUCCACCCCAGAGACAGGACGGCCCUAUGAUGCCACAGUAUCCCUUCCCUCCUCCCGGGUUUGACAUGCAUAACUUCUCACUCCCUCCCCCUCCACCACCCCUGCCACCACCUCCUGCAUCUGCAAACAUGGGCUGGGCUGCCCCUGCUGUGGCGCCUCACCCGUUAAUUCCCCUACCGUACUCCCUCCCCCCACCUCCGCCCCCCCCACCUCUGCCUCCCCCCUCCUCUUCUGGAGAUAGUAAUGCUUCUCAUUUUGGUCCUUACUAUUAGGUGGAUGUAUGCAUUUCCUGAGAAAUGUGGACUUUUAUAUAUAUAUACACACACGCACACACGCACGCGCGCACACUCACACACAUACAUAUAUAUAGGAAGGAUUUUUUUUUUUUAAAAAAGAGAUCAUGUAGCUAGAGUUUUAAAACAUUGUAAAUUACUAAAUGGUUCCUUCAGUUGUAAGUUGAUAUAUAUUAUAAUCUUUGUGAAAUUGUAUUCAUGAAAAUUUAACAUUCAACUUGUAGGGGGGGGAAUCCAAUUAUGUGGUAUUAAAACUUUGAACACUACCCAGUUAAACAGUAUGUGUAGAUCUAAUAAUAGAUCUGGAGCAACUUUCAUCAUGGGUUAAAAUGCACUGAGCAUAUUAUGUUUUUGGUAUAUCUGAAAAUAAGAUGUUAAGUCCUCUAUUGAGA